AUUCAAUUGCAGUGGCAUCUUCAUUUAGGCGCUUGGCAUAAUCACUAACUAAUAAUAUACUGAUAUAUACACAUAAUCAUGCCUAUUUCCCGGAGGGGUAGGCAGAGACCACGGAUUUCCACUUACUACGAACUUGACAUACAUAAAUAAAAUUGGAUCAAAAGGUGUUCAGUAUGAACAAGAUUGUCACCUCUUUAAAAUAUACUUACUUUACUCUUUGGAUAUAACACAAUCACCAAAAAGUUAUGCAUUGAAGAACAAAAACGAACGUAAGAAGUUAUAUUCUGACAUUUUUGUCAGAAGUUUUAUUUAAAAUUUCUUGAGAAAAUUUCAAUGUUGAUCGUCAUAAUAUUUAUGUGAAUCUAAAGUUUUUCCUUUUCAAAUUAUUCAAAAUUAUAGCAAGCAUUUUCUAUUGCAAUUUUUGUAUAUUGUAAAGCCAUACCUCUUUCUAUAGUUUAUUUUAUUUGGAUCCAUUUCUCCACAUAAGUUGGCUCAAUCCCUGACGCGCACUAAUUGCACUAUGAGUUCCCGAGAAAUUUUGACGAAGAAACCCUACAAAUACUCUCAAGCUAAGAGAUAUACUAAACAGGUAAACUCAUGUAGAAAUUUGGGCAGUGAAUCUAGUGAACCUACAAUUGCUAAAGUCAUUCAGUAUCCUUCUAAGCAGGAGAUAGCUACAUCUUCUUCGUACAGCGGCACAGGGGAGUACUACAAGAGGUAUGAUUACGACAUUGUGCCUGUUAAAGAUACGCUAACUAGUGAAACCUCGACGGACUCGAGGACGGAAAGGAUAUCCCUCACCGAAUCAUAUCUUAACAACAUUGAACGAAACAUCUCCGAGGAAUUGCAAACGGACUCCUCCACGAACACGCUAGAUUCGAGUAUUAAAUUCUUCAAAGUUACUGUCGAAGAGAUUUUUAGUAAAUUCUAUGACAAUAUGCAUGACUUCGAGUUAUACAAGAAGAAAUUUCACGAUAUAUUGAGUAAGGAGCAAGGGGAAUGUGUUGAGGAAAUGGAAGAUUUUAUAAAAGAUAUCAUUCGUCAUAUAAUGUCAUCUGAAUCUUCUGAUUUAAAUCCAAAACUUCAGUAUAAAGAUGUAUCCGAGAAUUCUGACAGCAUCUCAAAGCUAGAAGAUAUGCAAUCAGUAAUGGAAGCGUUUAAAAACGAAAACUACAAUUCAAUGGAGUCAACGAGUGAUGAGAAAGGCAGUAAAAGUAAACAAGAGCUGAAGGACACAGUGAACAAUGCCGAAACACUGAACAUCUAUUUAAUGUCCAAGAACCCAUACCUCAAAAUCAUGAUGAACAAUAACAAUAGUCAUUUGUCUGAAAUUCAAAUCAUGGAGCGAUGUAACUCAUAUAACCAAGGCGUGAGUAAGCUCGUAGCUUCAGCGGAUGAUAUGAAGAUGCUAUCUGCUAAAAAGAUGGAGCUGGCCAUGUUGGAGACGCUUAAAGACGGCCCUGAGUUCACGGAUCGUGAAAUACCCGUCAAAAUUUCCUUUGCUAAAAAAAACAUUCACUCCGACGACGAAAGCCAUCGCGAAUCGAACCGGACUGAGAAAUCUUUCCUAGGAUGCCUCUGCAGCUACUUGUGCAAGAAACUACGUAAAGCUACUAACUUGGGAUAUUAAUUUCAUUAAUAAAGCUCUUGCAACAA